CUGAGUUGCAGCUGAAGCUUUUGCAACUAAUCACCAGACAAAGCAACGUGGUAAUGCCUGUUGGUAAUGUUGAUAUGGGGACUUUUAGAGUGUGGAUAUAGUUUGAAGCAUAGAUAAUGACAGGUUUUUUCUUGUAUUCUCUUUGGUAGACAGAAAACAUUACUUAAUUAUACAUGAGAGUCUCACCAUUGCCAGCACAUGGUUUUUUCUUUCACCAGCAAAACAUAAUCUACCACUGAAAAGUCAUAACUAUUUAAAGGUCCUACAUAUUGAGUUGAUAUCAUAACUAAUAUGUCUAUUCUGUUGUUAUCGGCCAAAGAAAAGAAAGGAAGAAACUUAUCAUCUUUCGAACAUUUCAAACUACCUUCAUUCACAAAUUUAAGGUCCCAUAUCGACAUGGUCAAAGGCAUCAGAACAUGGCUUUGCCUAUGGUGGUUAGUGUCAAAGACUUCAGCUCCAACUCAAAAUCUGUCUCCACUUGUAUAAAUAAUCCCCAUUCCAUGAGCAUUUUCAUCAUCAACUGCAGCAUUAUCUACUCAGCUAUCAAAGGUCUCUAGAUUUCUUCUUUACUUUCUUGUUCCCAAUCUUCCAGAGAAAAAACAAUGCUAAGUGCUAAGAAACUCAUCAAAAUGGCCAGGAGAUGGCAGAACUUUGCGGCCAUGCAGAGGAAGAGGAUUUCACUUCCAAGAAAUGAAAAUGAUGUAGAUGGUUGUAGUACAUCUUCAUCCUUUAUAGCCGGAAAAGGCCAGUUUGUAGUUUAUACAACUGACCAAAGGCGCUUUGUCAUUCCCUUGGCUUACCUGGAAAAUGAGGUCAUUUUGCAACUUUUAAACAUGUCCGAAGAAGAGUUCGGGCUUCCAAGUGGAGGCCCUAUUACAUUACCUUGUGAUUCAGCAUUCAUGGACUACAUCAUUUCACUAAUCAAGAAAGGUGCAGCUGCUGGAGAUCUUCGUAAUGCAUUGCUCCUCUCAAUUAAUUCAUCUUGCUGUUCAACUUCUUUGCACCAAGAUUGGGGAAAGCAGCAGCUGCUUGUUUAUUAGUCUUGAUCAUUAUCUUUAGUAAAUAAUAGCUCCAAAUAGAUUGUAUAGCAGGUGAAAAAGUAGGCAAUUGAAAGUGUGUAUUACAGAUGGAAUACAACUAUAUCUGAAUUUUGACCAGAUUUA